AACAACUAUAGGACCACCCUCCCGGAGACAAAGCUAAAAUACAGAGCCCUACAGAGGUCCCCUAUCUCCCCUAUUAUCUCUAUACUCUACUUCUCCCCUAGCCUAAAGCUUAAUAACCUAAACACCUGCUUUAGAUACGUAAACAACAUUAGCAUUAUAGUAAUAGGGGCUAAUACUAAAAAAACUACUUAA